AUGGCGGGUCACCCGUGCCCCUUCCUCUUCCGAAAGCCUCGGCGGACGGUCGCUGCUGGCCUCCGAAAGCGCCCUGGCGGUGGCGAAGGGCUGGCAGAGAGCAGCGGCAGCAGCAGCGGAGAGGAGGGCAGUGCCGUGGUGUCCCAGGAGAGGAAAGCGGUGGCCGACGGCCCCAUGGUACAAAAGACACAUGGCAUCCGCUGGCGCGGCGACGUGGAGGAUGAGCCCAGGAGUCUGUGUGCGGCCUACCAGUCCACCCGCUCGGGGGCACGCGUUGGGCCCGAGGACAUGGGGGCCACUGCCACCUACCAGCUGGACACGGUGAGAGAGCGGGACGCGCAAGCCAUCUUUGAACGCAGUCAGAUGAUCCAGGAGGAACGGAGGGGCAAGGAAGAUGACAAGAUCUAUCGGGGGAUCAACAAUUACCCCAAAUUCCUGAAGCCCAAAGAUAAGUCCACGGGCAACGCCUCCUCCGGGAUGGUAAGGAAGGGUCCUAUCCGAGCCCCGGAGCAUCUGCGAGCCACCGUGCGCUGGGACUACCAGCCGGACAUCUGCAAGGACUACAAGGAGACUGGCUUCUGCGGAUUUGGGGACAGCUGCAAGUUCCUGCACGACCGCUCCGACUACAAGCACGGCUGGCAGAUUGAGCGUGAACUUGAGGAGGGCCGCUAUGGUGUCUGCAAGGAUGAGAACUAUGAAGUGGGAGACGACGCUGAGGAACUACCGUUCAAGUGUUUCAUCUGUCGCCAGGCCUUCCAAAACCCAGUGGUCACCAAGUGCAGGCAUUAUUUCUGCGAGCACUGUGCACUGCAGCACUUCCGCACCUCCCCUCGGUGCUAUGUCUGCGACCAGCUGACAACUGGCAUUUUCAAUCCGGCCAAAGAACUGACGGCCAAAUUGGGCAAGAAUCAAAUUGCAGAACAGAGGGGACCCAGAUGA